AUGAUGGCGGAUGUGGAGGAACUUAUCGUUUUCAGCAAGAACUUCAGGGUUUGUUUUCAUGGCUUAACAUUACUUCUUGUUAACAGUUGUCGUUCAAUCUCAAUUCAAAUGUAUUUUAGUGAAGCUCGAUUCAUGGCUUUUAAUUUGGUUAUAUUUCAACAAAUGUAAAAUUAUUACCGGCCGAUCCAUUUUACAAUAAUUCAGCUGACAAUUUAUUGCUUCGGUUUGCAAUAGGUACUUUCAAUAAUAUAUUUCAUCUUUUCUACAUACUUCAGCUCGCAAACGAGGAGGAGAGCAAGAGAAAAGGUAAAGCAAGCAUUUUAAAUGAAAAGAGAAGUUAUUAGAAGUAUAAAAUUGGUUUAAAGGACAAGAAACAUUAUUUUGUUUAUGUCAGUUUGUUUUGUUGUUUUCUGCUUGGCAAGCAUAAAAUUGAAGUAAACCCACCAGUCGUAACGAACUUUUUUAUCAGAGCGAUAACUGUAUCUUCCACUGUAACUAAUCUAAAAAACAUUGCGAUAAAUCGUCUUUUAAUGAGGAAGUACAAAAUUGAGAUCUUAACAUAGUCGAGUUGUUCUGGUGUAAAGUAAAUUUCAUGUCAAAAUAUUAAACAGCUUUGGUUACACUUAAUUUUCCGUUUUUGCCAGGGAUUCAGGUAUUGUAGGAUUUAGGAGAUGUUUCCCUUAAGAUUCUAGGUCUCUGAACAAGUAUAUCUUGUCCAAAUUUCUUGCAUUGUGUUUGAGUUCUGGAUGAAGUAAACAUUUUCAACUGACACUUUCAUACCUCUUUUACAUUCCAUUAUUCUGUUUUGGAAAUAAGUCUUAAAAGAGAUGUUGGGACACAUUUUUUGAAAUACUUUAUCAUCAUCAUCAUCAUCAUUAUUAUUAUUAUCAUUAUUUUUUAUAAUGUUAGUAAAUGAGUUUUUCUUUUUUUUUUCAUUCAGAGAAUACGGUGCAAGACUUGAGACUCUUCCAUGACUCAUUGAAUGUAAGUAAUGUACUUCAGUUUUGACAAGUCUUACAUAUAUCUAUAAGGAAAUAAAUUUGAGAUCUUUCAAACAGUCACUAUAUGUCUGAGGAGUAUUGUGUUGAUUGUGUUACAGUUGCACAUUCCUGCAAUGAACAAGAAAGCAAGCAAUUCUGAAAAUUCCUUCCAAGCCAAGCCACAAACUGGAAAAACAGGAAUUGAAGGUGACAAUAAUAAAAAGGAGCAUCUUCUCGACCACAAUGGAGACAUUGAACCUCCUCAAGAAGGUAAGGUUGAUCUUUAUCUGUAAGAAGCGAAACCUCUUGUCCAAUCGGUGUUACGGCAAUUAAUCUUAUUCUUAUUUCCCAUUGUUAAAGAUUAUGAUUUACAAUGAGUUCCAUUUGAAAGGAUGUGAAAAUCAAACUGGUUUUGAAAAAUUUGAACCAAGAAAACAUUUGAACCCUGAGACAGAUACUUCUGAGAAUUCAGUCUGCCUUCUUAAGUAUCUCUUUGCUUUCUUGUUUGAGCCAAGUGCUAAUAGUAAAUUAUCAUGACAAUCAAUUAACUAAAAUGUUUAUAUAAUAAUUUUAAUAUAAAAAAUUGAUUUUAUUAGUCCUUUUCCUAAUUUUUCUAUUCAUCAGACAUUUUUCAGCCUCAAACUCAAGUAAAGAAAAAAAAAAAGAAAAAGAAAAGAGCAAGCGACAGUGUCUGUGAAAGUUUUUAUGGUAAGAAUGUAAUUAAUUAGAAAAAAAGAAAAAGAAUGUGUUAUUAUUUGAUGUUAAUGAUAUCACUCUCAGUAAAUUUUUGCACUUGAGAGGAAGAAACAGUGACUGCAUGAUUUCAUAUUAGACUUGGGGUGAAAAGAUCUAGGCUCCAGACCAGCCAGAUUAUGGUGUUCUAUUCUUGGCUAAGACACCUUACUCCCAUAGCAGCUCUCUCCAACCAGGAGUAUAAAUGGGAACCAGAAAACAGAUAAGACCAAUGAAAUACAGGGAUGGUUACUGUUACGAACUAGCAUCCCAUUCAGGGAGAGAGGCCAUACUGAUAAGGAAUUCUGAUUAAACAUCAAGGUUAACCCUUUGCACCCAAAUAUCAGUGUGCAUAUUCUCCAUACUGUUCUUUACACAUUUCCUAAGUUGCUGCUAAGGAGAACUUGUUUAUCAAUCAAAACCUUUUUAAGUUGGGGAUCAUCUCCUUUAUUGUUAUGAGCUUAAUGUUUGAUUUAAAGGUGCUGUUGUAGGAGGAGUUAGAGGUUAGUCACUCUUGGGGACAAAGGGUUAACAGUAUAACUUAGCAGUGGCCCGGCAUUCUGUCCUGGGUGGAGAAGACAAAGUACUAUUUGCUUCAUGAUGCAAAAACUGGGAUGAGCUCCAGAACAAGUCUGCUGACUCAUAAGCUAACUUUAAGUACUAGGUUUUGUUUGUCAGUAAUCACUUUACAUGUUUAUUGUCUUACUUUCCUAGAUGUAUACAAGGUACUGGAUGACAUAUUAGGUCAAGGUGCCCAUACAACAGUGAAGAGUUGUGUUAAGCUUGCUACAAACCAGGAAUAUGCUGUCAAGGUUAGGAGAUUCCCUUAAAGAUAAAGAUAUGAAAACAAAUCUCCCUUGACUAUGACAAUGUAAAUAUUUUGAUUCCUUGUCCUGUGGUGUUGGCUAUCAGUAUCCCUAAAUCCUUUAACUCCCAAGAGUGACCAAACCAAAAUUUCUCCAUACAGUAUUGAUGCAAUAUCAAGCAGAAAAGUGAUGAGAAUAAAGAAAAAUAUCAAUUUGGUGAUAAAUAGUUGAUCCAACAGCAGAUCAUCAGAACUAACAUUAUAAGAAUUGUAUGGCAGAUAGUAAAGAGAAUUACUCAUGAGAUCUUGGGAGUAUUCACCUCACUACCUGCCAGAUCAUUUGGGGAUAAUUCAAGUGCUGGGAUGCUAGAUUUUUAAAGGAUUCUUUUUUUUAAUUGUAUAUCAUCAGAUUAUUGAGAAGUCUCCAAAAGUUGACAGAAAGCGUGUGCUUAAUGAGAUAGAGUUGCUCUACCGGUGCCGUGGACAAAAGUAAAUAAUAAAUUAUAACUUAACUUUUUGUUUUCUCCCCAAUAUUCUUGCUGUAGUCUAUAAUAAUUGACAAGCAUCUCUUGUAAUAUUCUUAUUUUCCAGGAAGAUAAAAUGUCUUUUUUUCUUUUGCAGGAAUAUAAUAGACUGCAUUGAAUAUUUUGAAGACAGUCACAAGUAAGUAUUGUGCCAAAAGAGACAACAAAUUUGCAAACUGAAUUACUCAAUGAUAUUUGGUAUCACAAUUACCCUCAUGAAUCAUAGUUUUUGUAAGAAAUAGUAUUGCAGAGGUUUACUGAUUAUUUAAAAAUUGCUAAAUAAUCCUUCUGUACGCAAUAGAGUUUGCUUUACUGAGAUUUUUUAUUUUAUCUCAUCAGGUUUUAUUUGGUAUUUGAAAAGAUGAGAGGAGGUAAUGACAACUUUAAAACCAUCCACUACCAAAUCAACCACUCAUUAGUCCAAUAAAUAGUUAUUAAACUGUAACUCCCAGAAAUAAUAAAAAUGUAAUUUCUCCCCAGAAUAUCCAUGGAUACAUUAAACAGCAAACAGAUAAUGAGAAUAUUAAAACUAAUCAGAUAAAGGUUAUUUUGAUCUAAUACCAAAUUCUCAUACAUAAGCAGCUAGGGAGGAUAAUAAUUAGCAAUCAGAUCAUGGGAGUUAAAGGUUUGUUACAUUAUGAUUUUAUUUUUCAAAGAAAUUAUAUUUUAUGCUUAUAUUUAUGCUGUUGGUAAUCAUACAUAGGACCACUUCUGAAACAUAUAGAGAAGAAGAAAGCUUUUACUGAGAAAGAGGCCAGCCUUGUUGUAAAAGACAUUGCAUCAGCCUUGGAUUUUCUUCACAAAAAAGGUACAUUCUGUUAUUUAUGGUUAUCAUCUUUUAAAUUUUUUUGCUUGACCAUUACUGCAAAAAAUAUAUCUUCCUAGCAAAGUUUGACCCUUUUCAUGUUUAUUCUAUUUUAAAAAUUCAUUUUUCCAGGCAUAGCUCAUCGAGAUUUGAAGCCUGAAAAUAUACUGUGUGCUAAUGAAAAUCAGGUAUAUAAUGGAAUUAAUUUGUUAUCAGUCUAUAAAAUUUCUCCUUUCCAUGACUUGCUAAAAAGCAGAACAAUCUGAGUAGUCUUACACUUGGCAACCUAAAUUGCCACAAUGCAAACCUGCUGCAUAAUGUAGCUAUGUUCUUCCCAGAUGCUUUAUUACCAACUUCAAUGCUAUAAAAAAAAAAAACCUCUCAUCACAAUUUUAUGCAUUAUUUGCAAGUCAAUGAUGAAACCAAACAAAUUUAUCAUUUAAAAGGAUUUAUCCUCACCAGCUGAUAGAAUGCACAAUUCUCCAAACUAAUUUAGAAGGAUAUGUAUAAUAGAUGGAGGGAGGAAUUGUUGCUUUGAUUUUACGGGUGAGAGUUAACCCCUGACUUUAUUACUUUUGCUGUAGAUAACCCCUGUCAAGAUUUGUGAUUUUGACCUGGCAAGUGGACUUGAUGGACUCGGUGUACCGGUGACAACACCAGAACUUCAGACACCAGUAAAUAUCAGUUCAUUAUGUAAACAAUAGCCUCUAUUUGUCUAAUUUUUACUAAGCUCAUGUCAAAAACACAACUCCUAUUUUCCUGCAACGGGAUUGAACAAAGUAUUAUUGAAUUUUAGAUCAGUUCUUGACACUAUAAUGUUCUUUUUCUUAGGUUGGCUCAGCUGAAUAUAUGGCACCUGAAGUGGUGGAUGCCUUCAAAACUCAUGCUACAACAUAUGACAAAAGAUGCGAUUUGUGGAGCCUUGGAGUAAUUCUGUAUGCAAACUAUUUCUUAUCCUAUUUCCACCCAUGUUAAGUUCCUCUUGUAUCCUGAGUCCUAUUUUUCAAUGAUCAAGGUAAAUGUUUUAUUUUUUAUGCAGUUAUAUUAUGUUGUCGGGGCACCCACCCUUUUAUGGCAAAUGUGGUACAGACUGUGGAUGGGAGAAAGGUGAAAACUGCAAAUCAUGUCAGGUUAGCAUUUCACGUGCAUUAAAGAGACUUUUCAAGAGAGAAAUUCCCAUGUUUUCUCUGCUUUAGAACUUUUUUUACACCCUAGGCACUUUGUGAGGCAGUGAGAGCAUAAUUAAGAGAUUGUACUGUUGCUAUAAUGGUUAUUGUAAACUAGUGGGGAAAAAUAUGAAUUUUCUUGCAACCAUUUCCAAGGAAAUGGACAAAAGUGUGGUAGUUUCAAUUCAUCAAAGAAUCAGCAUUUAACCUGUAAGCUCCCAAGAUCUGAUUGUUAAUUCUUCUUUCCAGUUGUUACACAUUUUCUUGUAAAUAAGUUAAUAUGAGAAUUUGGUGUUAGAUCAGGAUGAUAACUUCUACCAAGUAGGUUUUAGUAUUCUAAGUUCCUGUUUGCUACAUGAAGUAUGUAUAUUAUAGCAGGAAGUUACAUGUUUAUUGUUUCUGGAAGUUAAAGGGUUAUGAAUAAGAAACCAUUUGUAGGAGUAGCACUUAAUAAUAACACAUGGGUAUAAUCAUUUACAAGUUGUAUUUUCAUAUUGAAUCAGGAAAUGCUUAUGAAGAGGAUACAAGAAGGAGAGUAUGACUUUCCAUCCAAGGUAAGACAACAGAACAAGUUUGAGGAGAAAAUACAGAGUUAAAAGUUGUUUAUCAAGUGCAAGUUUGGUAUCAGACUGUUGUAUUGGUUUUUUAGUGAAUUCCUUCCCACCUUCUCUGUGAGACUGACACUUAAAUUUGAUUUAUAAAGUGGCUAAGUUGGCCCUCACACUCUUGUAAGUGAUCAAUGAACAACUUCUCCUUAAAAUAUUUGUACAUCAUUCAGUAUAAAGAGGAUGAGAAUUGAAAGAAUAAUGAGGUCAAGGAUAUUUGAUUAAUCUCACAUCAAAUUCUUUAAACUAACAUGUAACCUGGAAGCAUGAUGAUUUAUUUUAAUUAGUACUUUAAUCUUAGCAAUAAAUGGGUUAAUUUUCUCAAACUUUAAGAAUGGCUGAAUAAAAAAGCAGUUUGUUUCUUACAGUGAUACUCUUUUACUUUUUUUAAAAAACUCCUGUUGUUUCUUUAAGAGUUUGUGUAGGGGAAACCAAAGGAAAAAUUAUUUUAUUAGUCUUUUUAGACUUCUUCUUUUGAGUAAUUCUUCCCCCAAAUGCACAGUUCAAUGUAAUUUAUGAAAUAAGUCAAAGAUUAAAAAUGAUAGAAAAGUCUCUCAUAAAUUUACAUUGAAUGCAUUGCAAGUCAAACAAUAUAAUGAAGAUAGAUUGUUUACCAGUUAGUAAGCUGAAAGUCAUUUUCCACUUUCUGUUCAAGGAAUGGCAGUGCAUUUCAUUAGAAGCCAAAGAUCUCAUCUCCCACCUGCUAGUGCGGGAUGCAACAAAGAGAUAUACAACUGACAUGAUACUUGAACAUAGCUGGAUUGAAGAGGUGUGUGUAUGUGUGCAUUUUUUGCUCCGUGCAUUUUAGGUUAUUUUGUCACUAAUGUCAGUUUGUGUUAACCCUCUCAUCUCUCUUUACAAUAUCACCCCUGAAUCAAACAUUAAGUUCACAAGAAUUAUAAAGGAAAUGAUCACCAACUAGAUAAGCUCUUGACUAGUAAAAAAAUUCUCUUUGCCAGAAGCUUAAGAAAUGCUUGGAGAACAGUAUGAAGAUUAUGAAUUCUGAUGUUAAGGUGUAAAAGGCUAACUGUGUUUCUUAUUUUCUUUUUUUUUUACAGGCAAGCAACACCCCAUUACCAACCCCUACCCUGUUGACAAGGUAAGUUGGAGAAGGUUGAGAAGCCUUUACAUAAACCAUUAAAAUUGUGGUGAUGUGUUAGCAGACCAUUUGAUAUUAACAUGACCUUUUCCUUUACCAAAAUACUCCACACUCUCUAAUCACUGAAUGUAACACUAUGCUUCCUCUUAGUAACCUUGGGUUGCAUUCAAAAGAAGAGAGUAAAUACUAAAUCAUACCAAGAAAAACAAUAUUUAAAAAGAUUGAGCACUUAUGUUUGAUUUUUCAAUCAUAUUAAAUUCAGCAUUAACCUUAAAAUAAAAAAAGAACACAUCUGUGCAUAUAAUGCUUGCACAAUACAAUACUCCACCAAUGAUUUUGAGGAGUGUGUCACCCAUUCUUAUGGUGGUUCAUAUCUCUGAACAGCAACUUUCAAAAAAGUAGUAGUAGUUUGUUUUUGUGAACUACAGAAUAGAUGGUUGUGAUGGUUUCUUAAAUUUUUAAGAGGUAACUUAUUUUCUUGUUUUUCUUUUCAGGAAUAUGAACACCCUCAGUCUACAGGAAUUUGCAGCUGAAGCAGUAGCCAUGAACAGAAUAUUUUCUGAGGCAUCUGCCAUUGAUGAGCCUGGUGCUCACUAUGAUGAGUUCCAAAACAACAUAAAACCAAGACUGUUUGGACUUUCACCCCCUUCCAACUCUGUUUUGGCCAGGCGACGAGCUGCCUCAUCAAAAUCACAUUCACAGAAUCCAGUCAACAGAGAUGUUGAAAAAAGUGGACUAUAGUAGAUGAGACCCUGUUCUUUGCAAAGUUAUCCCUAAGAAAUUAUGUGGCAUUCUUCAUUCUUUGUAAAAUAUGUGGACAAACUGGAACCCAAAAACAUUUCAGGUGGUUAAUGUUGAAAAAGAUUAAUAUAGACUGCAAAUGACACUUUUGAAAAACUUUACCAGAGGCAAGGUUUUUCGACUAAGACAUUGAGGUACAAGUCUGCUAUUUUCUUUCUUGAUAAAUCCAUUUGUGGAUGUAAGUUAUGGCAUAAUGUUUAUUAAUUUUAAUCCUUAAACAUCCUCAUUUCUUAUGUUUUAGUUUUUUCUCCUACUGGGGUAUUGUUUCUUAUCACUAGACUAAAAUAUUAUAACUUCCCUCUUGUAAAGGUAAUCUUGUAAGUGACAAACAUACAACUCAACCAAAAUAUCAAGAUGCAGCUCCUUCAUCUUUGUCACUCUGCCAAGUACAGAUGGUCAGUUGUAAGCAGUGUAAAUAUAUUUUGUAAAUUGUCACUCUCACACUUCUUAUGUCAAAGAAACUUUGCUUGCCCCUCCCCCCUCCCCCUCCACAAUGAAUAAAAUUUAGCAAGCUAACAUCCAAGCCCAGAGGGGAGCAAGCAAAAUCUGUUUAGGGAUGUUGAGGAGUACAAUUAUAGACUAUCCAGGUGGGUAGGUACAAUUUCAUUCAUUACUUGUCUACCAAGGUUGAUGAUGCCACAUCAAGUUACCAUUCAAGUGGCUGUCAUCCAAAUGCAAACACUUAGCCCUUUGACUACCUUGAGUGACCAAGACAAAACUUCUCCUUACAAUAUCAAUACUGUAUCAAGCAGAAAAGUGAUGAGAAUUGAGAAAAUUGUUGAUUAGAGGAUGAUUAGCUGAUCCAAUACAAAAUUCUUCCAACUCACAUCAUAAGAAUUGUUUGGCAGACAAUAAUGAGAAUUACCAAUGAGAUCUUGAGAGGGAAAGGGUUAAAUGUUACAUCCUAUUGCAAUUAAAAUUUCAUUGAGUUUUGCUGUUAGUUCACAAUAAUUUUCCUGUUAUUGGUGUACAUUUUGGCAAUGGACUGUACAUGUUCUGGCAUUUAUAUUUUGUUUCUUUUACCAUUUGUACAAUAUUUUUUGAUAGAAAUAUUCAGGCAAAUUUUUGUAUUGCAGUAUUUUACUUGUGUCACAUUUUGAGAAGAUUUACCUGUUGUCGAAAAUAAAGAAAUAAAUAUGAC